UGCUGCUUCAUCGAGUGCAGGAGGAUGAAAUAGAGCAAGGUCAAUAUAAAAGAUUGCUCGACUUGCAUGUAUUCUGUUUGUAGGCAGAGUUAUGAAACACCAAACAGUUCAUGCAUUGACAGAUUUGAAGAGUCAAAGGAUUCUGUCCCAUCUUCAACAGCCAAACCUGUUGCCAAGACUGUCAACAAAGAGUGCAGCAGUAGUGAGGAAGAUGAUGAUGAUAGCUCUGAAGAAAGUUCAGAUGAUGAACGUUCAAAACAGCAACAAGCUAAGAAGGAUUCUGUUCCAUCUUCAAAAGCCAAACCUGUUGCUAAGACUGUCAAAACAGAGAGCGGCAGCAGUAAGGAAGAUGAUGAGGAUGAUAGCUCUGAAGAAAGUUCAUAUGAUGAACCUUCAAAAUAGCAACAAGCUAAGAAGGCGACUCAAGCAUCUACAAAGAGCAAUAGCUCUGACUCAUAUGAGGAAUAUUUUGAUGAGAAAAGUGAAGAUGAGAAGCCACCUAAGAUUCCGAAGAAGGGCUGAAUUCUUCAAGGCUGCAGGGGAAGUUGAUGUGUGUUUGGCUACAUCAGAAGAUGGAAGCUUCAAGGGAUUUGGUCAUGUCGAAUUUGCUACCGAGGAAAAUGCUAAGAUGGCACUUGAAUUGAAUGGCAAUGAUUAUUUGGUCGUGGUGUUAGACUUGAUGUGGCCCGUGAAAGAGGUUCCUAUACCCCUCAGAGUGGUAAGGAUAACUACCAAAAGGGCAGCAAAGGUCAAAGUCAAACCAUAUUUGUGAAAGGCUUCGAUAGAUCACUUGAAGAGUAUCAGAUCAGGAGCUCUCUUGAGGAGCAUUUUGGCUCAUGCAGAGAGAUUACUCGAGUCUCGAUUCCCAGGAUUAUGAAACUGGGGCUCCCGAAGGGAUUGCAUACAUGGGCUUCAAGGAUCAGGAAAGUUUCAACAAGGCAUAUGGGCUCAAUGGUUCUGAUCUUGAAGGACACACAUUAACUGUGGAUGAGGCGAAGCCAAGACCUAAUAAUUGUGAUGGUGGCUGGAGUGGUGUCAGGGAUGGUGCAGGUAGAAGCAAGCGGCAGGAGAUUUUGAGGAAGAGACGGUGCCAAACGUGGUUGAAGGGGUGGCCGUGGCAGUGGACCUGACUUUGACAGCAGUGGCCAUGGUUGUGGUAGUACACCAUUCAGGCAGCAAAGUUCUAGGACACCUAGUACAGGAAAGAAGACCACCUUAGGUGACGAUCAGUCAAAUUUAGAAUCUUUGCUGAAGAUCAAUUUUGUCUGUGUUGGUUUAGCAACACCACCGUCACCAUUGCCAUCGAUGAUGAUGCCGUUGUGUUUGAUCCACAAGGAACUUGCAAGCAUUCUAAGAUAUUGCUUUUGUUAUCAUUGUUGUUGAUGCCCACCUCCAUCUCCUCCUUUGUCAUGCCUAUAAUAGCUCUUGCCUGCCUUUAUAAAUUCGUCAACAAAUUUAUCAUAGAACAUUUCACAAUUGCUGGAUAUCUCAUUUUCAAACUUGUGUUCUUUCCAGACUUCUAAACUGUCAAAAUGUGAAAAAAUAAACAUUAAAAAGUUAUACCUGCAUCUCUGUAACAUCACAUGCAAAUCCUUCCAUUGUAAAAUAUAGUGAUGUUGUCAUCGUCCUCUUGCUUCAACUCUAGAGCUUUCCCUCUUCUCAGAGAUCAGAGGAUGGUACUCCUGACAUAACUUCAUAUUGGUUAGUCAAUCAUCCCACCUGCCACUUGUCUUUUUUGUCACCGUGAUUUACCUCCUCCGUGUUGGUCCUGAGGCGGACUGAUGGGGGUGCUGGGAGCGAGCGUGCUCACCUUUUACUACAUAUUGGUAUAGUUGAGCUUUUAGUAACAGUCUGUUCCAGUUCUAGAGAUGCUACUUGUUGCUAGUGUUGCAAAUAAUAAUCAUCUCAACGAUGUAAGUUUCCAACAUCAAGAAGUCAUUUCUAAUAGCUAUAACAUUUCUGAAAGUUUACGUUUGUAAUAUAUCUGACGAACUCGAGAGAUAGUCUCACUUUGAUCGUGUAUGAUUGAUACUG